AUGCUGGAAAAGUGGCUUGAAGAGCAUCUGAACCAUACCAUAGUGACAAAGUUCAUUAUUCUGGCCUUUCCUAAUACUAGGAAAGUUGAAAUUUCACUCUUUUUUCUCUUUCUGAUUAUGUAUCUCCUUACAAUGACGGGCAACAUAAUAAUAAUUAUCACAGUUAAGACAGACAGCCACCUUCAAACUCCCAUGUACUUCUUUUUAGGAAACCUAUCAUUGCUGGAUAUGGGCUAUACAUCUUCCACUGUCCCAAAACUUCUUUCCAUCCUAUUGACAAAUGUGCACACCAUUAGCUUGCCUGGGUGCUUUUUGCAAUCCUACUGUUUCUUCUUCCUUGGGUCAGCUGAAUGCUUCCUCCUUGCUGUUAUGGCUUAUGACCGGUAUGUUGCCAUAUGUUACCCUCUUAGAUAUUCUACAAUCAUGAAUAGAAGUGUGUGUGUGUUUCUUGUGAUUGGUUGCUGGGCAGGGGGCUGCCUGUCCCCUUUAGUAGCUGCUAUUGUGGUGAUUAACUUACCUUUUUGUGGACCGAAUGUAAUAAACCAUUUCUUUUGUGACAUCCCCCCUCUAUUAAACCUGGCUUGCAUAGACACAUCUCUUACCCAGAAGAUCGUAUUCCUGCUUUCUGCUCUCGUGAUUCUGAGCACAUUCAUGUCCACUGUGGUCUCCUACAUCUACAUCACUAUAACUAUAAUGAAAAUACCAUCCUCGCAUGGACGUCAUAAAGCCUUCUCCACUUGUGCCUCUCAUCUGACCGUUGUCUCACUAUAUUAUGGGACAGUGAUUUUCAUGUAUGUAAGUCCAAACACCCGUUCUUCCUUUAACAUGAACAAAAUCAUAGCUGUGGUGUACAGUGUUGUCACACCCAUGCUCAACCCAAUGAUCUACAGUUUAAGGAACCAAGAUAUGAAAACAGCCUUGAAAAAAAUAAUUCUGAAAAUUAAAGUUAAUGGAAAAGAACUUGCAUUAUCAAAGGAAUUCUUUCUUUGA